AUGCCUCUCGACACCACCACCUUCCGCAACGUCAUCAAUGGCGAGCUGACCACUACAGCUGAGACUCGCCACGGCAUCAACCCUGCCACCAAGCAGCCGAACCCAGAGGUCCCUCUCUCGACCCAAGACGACGUCGACCGCGCCGUCGACGCCGCCAGGACUGCAUUCAAGACCUGGUCGCGCACUACCUUCGACGAGCGUCGCAAGGCCAUCUCCGCCUUUGCCGACUCCAUCGACGCCAACAAGGAUGCCCUUGCCGCCCUCCUGACCCAGGAACAGGGCAAGUCCCUCGGGCAGGCCGCGCAGGAAAUCGGCAUGGCUGUCAUCUGGGCCCGCACUCUGUCUACGCUCGAGAUCCCCGAGAACGUCCUCCAGGAUAAGGACGACUGCAAGAUCAUCCAGCGGUACACGCCCCUCGGUGUCGCCGGGGCCAUUGUGCCUUGGAACUUCCCUGUCCUGCUUGCUGUCGGCAAGAUCGUGCUUGCUGUGUACACCGGUAACGCGGUUAUCGUGAAACCCUCUCCUUUCACCCCUUACUGCGACUUGAAGCUCGCUGAGCUCGCGAUCCCCCAUUUCCCCCGGGGUGUCGUCCAGGCCCUCAGCGGCGGCGACGACCUUGGACCGCGCAUCACCGAACACCCGGGCAUCGACAAGAUCAGCUUCACUGGAUCGUCGGUCACAGGCCGCAGAGUCAUGGCCAGCUGCGCAAAGACACUGAAGCGUGUAACCCUUGAGCUAGGCGGCAACGACGCUGCGAUUAUCUGCGACGAUGUUGAUAUCGACAAGAUCAUUCCAACUCUCGCCAUCCUCUCCUUCCUCAACUGCUCACAAAUCUGCCUCAUGAUCAAACGCCUCUACGUCCACUCCAGCAUCUACGACACCUUCCUCUCCAAAUUUGUCGAAGCCGUCAAGGCCUUCCAGGUCGGGCCCGGCACAGACGAGUCCGCAUUCAUCGGCCCCGUGCAGAACAGCAUGCAGUACGAAAAGGCCAAGGACCUGUUCUCGUCCAUCGCGUCCGAGAACCUCCACCCAGCCCUCGGUGGCAAGAUCUCAGAGUCUGCUGGAUACUUCAUCCCGCCUACGCUGAUUGAUAACCCGCCCGAGGCGUCAAGAGUCGUGCAGGAGGAGCCCUUCGCGCCUAUCCUGCCUUUGCUGAAGUGGGAUGAUGAGGCGGAUGUCCUUGCCCGCGCGAAUGCGUCGGAGAGUGCCCUUGGUGCGUCGGUGUGGACGAAGGAUAUGGAGAAGGGUCGACGCAUUGCGGAUCAGUUGCAGGCUGGCACUGUGUGGAUUAACACGCACUUUGAGGUCGCGCCGAAUGUACCGUUUGGGGGACAUAAGAGCUCUGGAUUGGGGACUGAAUGGGGUGUGCAGGGGCUGACGCAGUACUGUAACUCGCAGUCGCUGUGGAUUAAGAAGGCGUAG